GUCAGCUGACAGCGAGCCAUCGUCUCCAACCCUGCAGCCAACCUCCGUGGUGUUGUAACGGUACGCACUGAAACUUCGAUCUCUGUAAUUUCUGGAAAAUACCCCAGGUCCCGAUGCAGAUCUUUGUGAAGACCCUCACUGGCAAGACGAUCACUCUCGAGGUCGAGUCGUCAGACACCAUCGACAAUGUCAAGGCGAAGAUCCAGGACAAGGAAGGUAUUCCGCCCGACCAGCAACGCCUCAUUUUCGCUGGCAAGCAGCUCGAAGACGGUCGCACCUUGAGUGAUUACAACAUUCAAAAAGAGAGCACGCUCCACCUCGUCCUCCGCCUGCGUGGCGGUAUAAUCGAACCCUCCCUGAAAGUUUUGGCCGGAAAAUACAAUUGUGACAAGCAAAUUUGCCGCAAGUGUUACGCUCGGCUCCCUCCGCGUGCAACCAAUUGCAGGAAACGCGGAUGCGGCCACAGCAGCCAGCUCCGUCCUAAAAAGAAGCUCAAGUAGUGGUUAGAAUAUGUUCCCAAUGCAUGUUUACCAACGCUCAAUUCAUACUUGCAAAUCACGAGUCUCGCGUGGCGGCUAUCAUACGGCCGAG